AACAGUGACUAUCUCCUACUCUCUCAUCAAACAUGGACCCAAUGAGGGACCCGAGUGCGAUGGAAUUUUCUGUUGCCUGCAUUGUUGGGAUCUUCAAUCGUUAUUCUGGUGGCGCUGAGAGUCUCACCAAGUGUCAGGCCAAGGACCUGCUAAAGGCAGAGAUGCCCGAGUUGGUCGAGGCGGCCGACAGUCGAGAAGGGUUUGACGCUUUGUUUGAUUCAUUGGAUUGUAACGACGAUGGUAAAAUCUGCUUCCCUGAGUUCAUCCAGAUGGUGGGGUUCAUGGCCACUGCCUUUAAUGAGAUGUUCAUCAGGAUGCAACAACAGUGCGGGAAGUGAAGGAGGACAACACCCUGGGGUGGAGUCGGAUGGCUCCAGCAGAGAGACGACAUCCCUGCAGUGGCUUCUUUGUUUACUAGAUAAAUAAAGUAAUACUCUCCA